CCGAAACUCGAAAAUAAAACAAUGGAUUUGCAGAAAAGAGACAAACAUACCUCAACGACGUUAUUCCUCGUCUCGUUCAUUUGGUUCGUGGUAAUUGAACUGUCAACAGCUUUGUUCUUAAAUUUCACUGAGAAGUCCCUAUUUACACCGACAAGAUGGGUAGGGAGAACAAAGCAACCUGGAAAGCUAAUUAUUUCUUGAAAGUCGUGCAAUUGUUCGAUGAAUAUCCAAAAUGUUUCAUCGUGGGAGCAGACAACGUCGGCUCAAAGCAAAUGCAACAGAUCCGUACAUCGUUGCGUGGCUUGGGUGUCGUUCUCAUGGGUAAGAACACGAUGAUGCGCAAGGCCAUCCGCGGGCACUUGGAGAACAACCAAUCGCUCGAGAAGCUCUUGCCCCACAUCAAGGGAAACGUCGGCUUCGUCUUCACCAAGGGCGACUUGGCUGAGGUCCGCGACAAGUUGCUCGAGAGCAAAGUCCGUGCCCCAGCUCGUGCCGGAGCUAUUGCCCCAUUGCCCGUCAUCAUCCCAGCCCAGAACACCGGUCUUGGUCCUGAGAAGACCUCUUUCUUCCAGGCUCUGUCCAUCCCAACCAAGAUCUCGAAGGGUACAAUUGAAAUCAUCAACGAUGUGCCCAUCUUGAAGCCUGGCGACAAAGUCGGUGCUUCCGAAGCCACCUUGCUCAACAUGUUGAACAUCUCUCCGUUCUCAUACGGUUUGAUCAUCGAACAAGUCUACGACUCUGGCUCGAUCUUCUCGCCCGAAAUCCUGGACAUCAAGCCCGAGGACUUGCGCGCCAAAUUCCAAGCUGGUGUCGCCAACUUGGCCGCUGUCUGCUUGCAAAUUGGAUACCCAACCAUCGCCUCGGCUCCACACAGCAUCGCCAACGGAUUCAAGAACUUGUUGGCCAUCGCUGCCACUACCGAGGUCGAAUUCAAGGAAGCCACUACUAUCAAGGAGUUCAUCAAGGAUCCAAGCAAAUUCGUCGCUGCCGCAGCUGUUUCAGCCGCACCAGCAGCCGCCGACGCUGCCCCAGCUGCUGCCAAGAAGGAAGAGAAGAAAGAAGAGUCUGAGAGCGAAGACGACGACAUGGGCUUCGGUCUGUUCGAUUAAGUCGAAGCAACACUCUGACGCGGACAGGUGGACGCAGCUACUCGUCGGAUUAAUGUCAACCACGGUAAUCCAAUGGCGAUUUGUGUUCAUAUCUGUUUGAAAUAAAAGUGUUAAAACAAAAA